UAGUACUAGUGCGUUGUCUAACAUAUUCUACCAGAGAUUCACUGAUGCAGCCUUUAGCCUGUGUUUACACCAGACCAGUUAUUAUAGUAUUUAUUUCACAUUACAAAAUUAAAUACAUUUCACAAUUGUGUGUGACUUCUAGAUAAUAUUCGUGACUGUGAAAACUUUAACCUGACCAGCCAAGCGGAGGAGGAGGAGGUAGUGCUUGCAAACAAAAGGAAAAGGCCUAAAAGAGCUUUUGAUGACUAUGUUGUUGGUAUGUUUCUCACUGAACAAAGAAUAUCAAACAUGCAAAUGUAUUAGUUAAAAAAAGUUAACCAUUUGUUUUUAAACAAAUUUGAUUUGCACAAUUACUAGACUGAUGAGUUGGAGGAGGAGAGAAUGAUGGGUAACUAUGUUGUAUGAUGGCAUUAUACUCAUUAUACAUUGAUUAUGUUGGGGAUCUAUAUGCUUGAUUGCGAUCUUAAUUGCAUCUUUGUAGGUAACAAGUUACCCCCCUUUCCUGUUCCACCAGAAAAGUUAAAGCCAGUUUUGUAUAAGGCAGCUGAAAAUUCAACUUGUAACAAGUUACCCCCCUUUCCUGUUCCACCAAAGAAGCUAAUUCCAAUUCGGAAUGAGGCAGCUGAAAAUUCAACUUACUCUCAACAUACAAAACAAAAGACAGCUAGAAGUCCUAAAUCCAUUGAUGGCUCCAGACACAGUGUCAAAUCGGGGCAAAAGGACAGCUGUAGACACAGCGUCACAUCAGCAUACAGUUCCAGGCACAGCAACAGUGAUGUCUCCAUGGACUACAGUGUCAGUUCCAGGCACAGCACUGGCACCAGAAAAGACAGUGUCAGGACCAGGGAUGUAAGCGCCAGUUCCCGGCGCAGCUUCGGCUCAAGUAAUGACAGCACUGACUCUAGAAACAGCAGUAUCAGGUCCAGCCACAGCAUUGGCUCUAAAAGCCGCAGCAGUAGACACAGGGACGGCAGGUCUAGGCACAGCAUUGGCUCUAAAAGCAGGAGCAGCAGAAACAGUGACGACAGUGGCAGGUCCAGACACAGCAUUGGCUCGAAAGACCUCAGAUACCGGGAUGAGAGGGUCGGGCCCAGUCACAACAUCAGUCAAAGACAUAGUAGUAGAGAUGCAGAGGCUCAAAAGCAACCAGAUAUGUUCCCAAUGCCCACAGCAAGUAAGUGUUAAAGUAUUUGGUCAGCGUCUCUUUUAUCAUAAAAACCUUGGAGGGGUCUGCAGUAGGCAUAUAUUUUGACAUAGGUCAGCAUGAAGCAUAUAUGUUCACAUGACGCGCCAAACACAUAUUUUGAAAUGACGAGCCACACACAUGAUGGGCUUAAAAAAAAUUGUGACGAGCUUUGCAUCAUGCAUGAAAAAGAAGUCACCGACCGCCACUGAGUUACACCACAAACUAUACAUAAACAAUUUCAUAAUGCUUUUAAAUAAUAUUUUAUAUGGAUAAUUUUUUAAAAACUUGAGUGAAACAGGAAGGGUGUGUGUAUUUCCUUACUUUUGCCAGAUACUCACUUAUUCUCAUAUGCAAUUAGAGUUUAGUGUUAAGUUGGGGUCUUUGGAGUAUUUCGUGAACAUCAGCAUCUUAUCAUAAACCCUUUCAAUGACUGUGCAGCAGGCAGGUAUUUUGACAUGAAGCAUGAUGCACAUAGGUUCACAUAACGCAACGGACACAUUAUUUUUACAUGAUGAGCAACACACAUAUUUUCUACGCCUCAGAGACAGUCAAGCUUUUGAUACCCUGGUAGGAUUUUCAAGAGAUUAUGUGGGUAAUACACUGAACAAAAUUAUAAAAGCAACAAUUUGGCUUUUGUCCUCAUUUACCAUGAGCUGAACUCAAUGAUCUAAGACUUUUUCUAUGUACACAAAAGGUCUAAUUCUCUCAAACAUUAUUCACAAAUCUGUCUAAAUCUGUGUUAAGCUGCAUUCAGACUAGCAGAGACUUUCUAGCAGGUAACGCCUGUUUCUUUCAAUGAGGUGACUAGGAGGCGUUUCUAAAUCUGGUUGUGCAUAAACUUUUCUCAACUUUGGGGCGCAACUGGACACCCCACAUGCAGUCGCCAAUGGUUACUGUGGCUCAUGUUGCCGGAAGUCGCCAACCUUCCAUUAUAAUCUACUAUUCUGAAUGCAGCUUUAGUGAGCACUUCUCCUUUGUCGAGAUAAUCCAUCCACCCCACAGGCGUGGCAUUUUGAAGGGAUAGUUCACCCAAAAA